AGUAACUCAGAUAAAAGACUACAGUCUCUGCUAAAACUUUCUAAGACAAGCUUACAUUAUCUUCUACACAUGGCUUCAUCCCUCGCUCUCAAAAGACUUCUCUCUUCAACAGUCGUUCCUGGUUCCCGUAGCCUUCUUCGUCCAAAAGCUGCCUCUCGCCUCCUCAACACAAAUGCGGUCAGGAGCUACGACGGAGGAGAAAAUGAAGGUGUUGACAUAGACAGACGCUCUGAUCGCUCUGUUUCUCGCCGUGGUGAUGAUUUCUUCACAGAUGUGUUCGAUCCUUUUUCACCGACAAGGAGUAUUAGCCAGGUGCUGAAUCUCAUGGACCAGUUCAUGGAGAAUCCUCUGUUAUCAGCGAGUCGGGGCAUGGGAGCUUCUGGAGCUCGACGUGGUUGGGACAUCAAAGAGAAAGACGAUGGUCUUUACUUGAGAAUCGACAUGCCAGGGCUGAGCAGAGAGGAUGUGAAGCUGGCUCUGGAGAACGACACUCUGGUUAUAAGAGGAGAAGGGAAAGAUGUUGACGAUGGUGGCGAGGAAGGUGGAGAGAGUGGUAACAGGAGAUUCACAAGUCGGAUUGGUUUGCCUGAGAAGAUAUAUAAAACCGAUGAGAUUAAGGCGGAGAUGAAGAACGGUGUUUUGAAAGUUGUGGUUCCGAAGAUGAAGGAGGAGGAGAGAAAUGAUGUUCGUCAGAUCGAGAUCAACUGAAACGUCGUCACUCUCGUUUCUGUUUUUUUUUAUUUGGCUGUUGUUGUUUCGAGUGUAUGUCUUGAAUAAGAAAUAUGUUGUAUGGUUGAUACUUGUUAUGAACGCUAAAGCUUGAGGAAUCUGAAUCUCCUAUGUGUUUGUUGGAACUGUGUGUUUUAUUCCCUGACUUAAAAU